UUCAAAUGGCUUUGUUCUUUUUUAGCCAGGGCAGGUGUACAAUAGGGGGCCAAACCGAAGAGGCUCACGCCAAGGUGUGAGCUGAUUAUUCAAAUAGGGCUCCGAAGAAGUAGGGAUUGGAGGCUCGCUGCAGCACACAGCUAUAUCACAGCGUCUGCAGACAGCCACCAACGUCACUUCGACUCUGUCAUCAGCAUAGACUUUCCAGCGCCUCUGGGCACCGCGAUUCUGAAAUCUACACAUGUACGAGCACAAAACUGCACAGCAGACCAGCGCUUUGAGAAACCCGUUGCCAAAUAUUUUGGUUUAGGAAAGUUUUUUUUUCAUCUUCUCUCCAAAAGUAGUAGAACACAGAUUCUGCUGCUUCCGCGAUGCUGGGUGCAGUGAAAAUGGAAGGACACGAACAUUCAGACUGGACCAGCUAUUACGGAGAGCCCGAGUGCUACACAUCGGUGGGCAGCAUGAAUUCGGGACUUGGCAUGAACAGCAUGAAUACGUACAUGAGUAUGCCAGGAAUGAGCUCCACGGCCAACAUGACGGCCAGCUCUAUGAACAUGUCCUACGUGAACACCGGGAUGAGCCCCUCAAUGCCGGGCAUGUCAGCGUGCACAGGGGCCAUGAACGGCAUGGGCGCUGGGAUGGCGGGCAUGAGCGCCUCUCUCAGUCCCAGCAUGAGCGCUAUGAACGCCCAGCCUCCAUCCAUGAAUGCUUUGACAUCCUAUACGAACAUGAACGCAAUUAGCCCAGUGUACGGGCAGUCUAAUAUCAAUAGAUCAAGGGACCCGAAAACCUACCGAAGAAGCUACACGCACGCCAAACCCCCUUACUCUUACAUCUCCCUCAUCACCAUGGCCAUCCAGCAAUCUUCCAACAAAAUGCUCACCCUCAGUGAGAUUUACCAGUGGAUCAUGGACCUUUUCCCUUUCUAUCGACAGAACCAGCAGCGCUGGCAGAACUCGAUCCGCCAUUCUCUGUCCUUCAAUGACUGUUUCCUUAAAGUGCCGAGAUCACCCGACAAGCCUGGCAAGGGCUCGUUCUGGACCCUGCACCCGGAUUCGGGGAACAUGUUUGAGAACGGCUGCUACCUUAGGAGACAGAAGCGCUUCAAGUGUGACAAGCUUCCAAAGGACUCGGGCAGGAAGGCUUCUGAUGGGGGCUCUCACAGCAGCUCCGAAAGCUGCAACGGCAACGAGUCUCCCCGCUCCAAUGCGUCCUCUUCAAACGAGCACAAGCGAUCCAUGCCAGACAUGAAGUCAAACCAAGCACUGAGCCCCGGACAUGCGGCUUCCCCAGCGUCUCAGGCACAGCAUCUGAUGUCCCAGCAUCACUCGGUCCUCGCCCAUGAAGCGCACCUAAAGCCAGAGCACCACUAUUCGUUCAACCACCCUUUCUCCAUCAACAAUCUAAUGUCCUCCGAGCAGCAGCACCACAAAAUGGACCUUAAAACGUACGAGCAGGUGAUGCAUUAUUCUGGUUAUGGGUCUACCAUCUCAGGAGCCCUUUCCAUGGGUUCAAUGGCCAGCAAAACGAGCUUAGACCCCUCGCAAAUUCCUAGCGACACGUCUUACUAUCAAGGUGUGUAUUCCAGACCUAUCAUGAACUCUUCUUAAAUGUUCUGAGACCAAUUGAACUCCCCCCCCCCCGCGAUUUGUACAUUUGUAAAAUGAUAGUUUGUGAACACGCAUUCCGAAAUAUUUUUGAUGUUUCUCACUGACUCUAGGUGUCCAGGUUGUUUAGUAUUUUUUGUAAACGGGUGUUAAUGUCAUAAUCUGUGGCAAAACCUUUGUUUUCAUACCCUGCAGCUUUUACGGACCAAAAACGUUGUAUUGUUGAAAAAAGACGAAAAGAAGCCGCAAUAUAUUGUGUAAUUGAAUGAUAGACGCUGUUUGGCAGAGUGAAGUUCUUCAAACGACUAAUUCAUCUUUUCUGUAUUCCUUAUUUAUGUCGUAUAAAUGUGUGUUCUGGUAGAAAAAAAAAAAAAAUACAUAAUCUAUAUUAAAGUGUUAUUCCAAACUUUUCGAAUAUUCUGUGUGUGAGUUUGUUCCAUUUGUUUACUAAUUUCUAAUUACAUUUACUUGGUCAAAGUCCCUAUAAAAAACAAUACUCUCGAAGCUUUGUAUUUCGACUAGAAAGUUACAGAAUAGAUAGAUUGAACAGAUUUAUAAAGGCUGUUGCAUUAGUAUUGGUAAAAUAAUGUAUUUAUUGUCGAAACAAGAGAAUCACUAUAUUUUUUUUAGAAUAGCUUCUUUACAUAAAGAAACUUGUAAAAGUGUUACACAUGUAAAUAAUGUGGUUUUGUAGCGUGAAUUGAGAAUGUAUAAACAAGUCAAUAAAAGUAA